GCCCGUACGGGUCGACCCAGGUCGAAAGGCAAUGCACCUUUCCUCUUCCUCUGUUCAAAACCCCAAACCAGAAAGGGUCUCAGCUCGUGGAGACAAACCAGGAGCUCUCCUGUCUCUGUUAUGGCUGCGGAAUCGAAGACCAAAUAUGAUCGCCAGCUUAGGAUUUGGGGUGACCAAGGGCAAACAGCGCUAGAAAAAGCCAGCAUAUGCCUUCUUAACUGUGGCCCUACUGGAUCGGAGGCAUUGAAGAAUCUUGUUCUUGGUGGCGUUGGCAGUAUCACUGUUGUUGAUGGCACCAAAGUGGAAAAACAUGAUCUUGGAAAUAAUUUCUUGUUGGAUGAAGCAAGCCUCGGGCAGUCAAAAGCAAAGUGUGUAUGCGCCUUUCUGCAGGAGUUGAAUGAUGCUGUUAAAGCUAAAUUUGUUGAGGAGUCUCCUGAAGCUCUGAUAGAAAGAAAUCCUUCGUUCUUUUCUCCGUUUACUCUAGUAAUAGCGACCCAGUUACUGGAAAUUUCAUUAUUAAAGCUGGAUAAGAUUUGUAGACAGUCUAAUGUCAUGUUGUUGGUUGCACGCUCGUAUGGACUUACUGGAUUAGUUCGUAUUUGUUUGAAGGAGCAUGAUGUUGUUGAGUCAAAACCUGAACAUUUUGUGGAUGAUCUGAGACUGCACAAUCCAUGGCCUGAGUUAAAAGAGUUUGCAAAAACUAUGGAUCUAAAUGUGACAGAUCCUGUUGUACACAAGCAUAUACCUUACAUAGUUAUCCUUAUUCAUGUUGCUGAAAAAUGGGCUGAUGGCCAUGGUGGAUGUUUACCAACUACUAGACAAGAGAAAAAGGAGUUUAAGGAUCUAAUAAAAGGUUACAUGAUUAAUAUGGAUGAAGAAAAUUACAAAGAAGCUAUUGAAUCAUCCUACAAAGUUUCCCUACCUCACGGAAUUAGUUCUCAGCUGCGUCAGAUCAUAAAUGACAAUAACGCUGUUGAAGUUAAUUCAGCAUCUCCAGACUUCUGGAUUCUAGUCGCUGCUUUGAAGGAAUUCAUUGAAAAUGAAGGUGCUGGAGAACCACCUCUUGAGGGAUCAAUACCUGAUAUGACAUCCUUAACGGAAUAUUACAUCAGCCUACAAAGGAUUUACCAAGCCAAGUUUGAGUCUGAUUGUCUUGCUAUUGAGCAUCGUGUAAGGACCAUAUUGAAGAGAAUUGGUAGGGAUCCUGAUACUAUUUCAAGGGCCUUCAUUAAGAACUUCUGCAAAAAUACUAGAAAGCUCACUGUGUGUAGAUACCGACCACUUGAGGAUGAGCUAAUUUCCCCUGCUAUUUCAGAAUUGCAAAAGUACAUGACAGAUGAAGAUUUCAGCUUUUCUGUUAGCUUCUACAUUCUACUCCGAGCUGUUGAUCGGUUUACUGCCAAUUACAACAGAUUUCCUGGAUUGUUUGAUAAUGAAAUGGAGGAAGACAUAUCUAGAUUGAAGACCAUUGCAGUUGGUGUACUGAGCGACUCCGGUCUUCAUGGUUCCACUCUAGCUGAGGAUCUAAUCAAUGAAAUGUGCAGAUAUGGAGGUGCUGAAAUCCAUCCAGUAGCAGCCUUCAUAGGGGGCGUUGCCUCCCAGGAAGCAAUCAAGCUUAUUACAAAGCAAUUUGUUCCAUUGAAUGGAACACUGGUUUUCAAUGGAAUUGAUCAGAAGUCUCAGGUGCUGGCUGUAUAAUUGCAAUCAUCUGCUCGAAUAAGUAAAAGCUAUUGCCAUCGAGAGAACUGAGUUCCAUUUAAGAAAAUAUUGUUUGUUAUCAUUUUCUGUGUGCAAAAGCUACGCAUUAGUGUAUUUCUAUAGAAACUUUUGCAUUGCAUAUUCUUCAACCAUAGUUUUUGUAAUUUGAAGUCUUCUUUUGUCGAUUCUACUUUAAGUUCAUUAAUCAAUAGGGGGUACAAACUGAAGGAUGGCAUCUGCAAUUGAAUCACUAAUGUAAUCCUGUUCUUUGAGGACCAAUAUGUUGAACUUCUUGAUGUUUAUUACUUC